UUGGAGGUGAGAAUAUAUUUUUCUCUGAAAGGCUUGGUCAAGAUUGUAAUUUUAAAGUUAUACAGACAAGAAGACAAGGAGGAUCUAUAGAUGUGUAUGAAUUUCACAUCAUCGUCUGCCCUUUUCCGUUCUACUUAUUAUAGAAAAACAAAAUCAAAUCCAGAGAUAGAAAAAGCCUACGAUUCUUGAAACUUCCACUCGAAUUCUUCCUCAAUUCGAUGAACCUAUCCAAUCCAAAACCCUAAACCAUUGAAAUACCCCAAUGACAAACGGCGCAACAUCGCCGACGGCGACGGCGGAAGCUGAGCAAGUCCCACUGGUUUCUCCAACCAGCUCACGGUCGGUGACGGAGACGGUGAACGGAUCGCACCGGUUCGUGAUCCAGGGAUACAGCUUAGCGAAAGGGAUUGGCGUGGGGAAGCACAUUGCCAGCGACAAUUUCACUGUGGGCGGCUACCAGUGGGCUAUUUACUUUUACCCCGACGGCAAAAACCCAGAAGAUAAUUCCACUUACGUCUCCGUUUUCAUUGCAUUGGCUAGCGAAGGCACCGAUGUUAGGGCGCUUUUCGAGCUGACGCUUGUGGAUCAGAGCGGUAAAGGCAAGCAUAAGGUUCAUAGCCAUUUCGAUCGGUCCCUUGAGAGUGGGCCUUAUACCCUCAAAUAUCGUGGUAGUAUGUGGGGGUACAAGCGUUUUUUCAGACGAGCGUUACUUGAAACAUCAGAUUACAUCAAGGAUGAUUGCUUGAAAAUAAAUUGUACAGUUGGAGUUGUCGUUUCAGCAAUAGAUUGUUCACGAUUACACUCAAUUCAGGUGCCAGAGUCUAAUAUAGGACACAAUUUUGAUUGGCUGGAAAAUAUGCAAGGUUCAGACAUUACAUUUGAUGUGGCUGGGGAAAAAUCAUGCCAUAAAUUGGUAUUAGCUGCUCGAUCCCCUGUUUUUCGAUCUGAAUUUUUUGAUGGGAUGGAUGAAGAAAAGCAAGAGUCAUCACCCAAUCUUGAUCCAAAGGUUUUUAAGGCCUUGUUGCACUUUAUAUACAGAGACACUCUUUCAGAAGAUGUGGAGAGUGUUGGUCUACCUUCUCCUGUGUCAUCAAUAUCUGAAACACUAAUAGCAAAAUUGUUAGCAGCAGCAGAUGGGUAUGGUGUGGAGAGACUGAAAUUAAGUGGUGAAUCCCAUCUCUGCAAUAUAUCUGUAAACUCUGUUGCCAAAAUUCCUUUGGCUGACCAAUAUCAUGCUUCGGAGUUAAAAGCUGUUGUCUCAGAUUUUGCUGCUGAAAAUCUUGCAGCUGUCAUGCGUACGGAUGGCUUUGAAUACCUAAAAGAGAACUGCCCUUCACUUCAGUCAGAGCUCCUGAAGACAGUUGCAGGUUGUGAUGAGGAUCAUAGCAGUGGUGGAAAAUCUCGGAGUGUGUGGGCACAACUUUCAGAUGGUGAUACCAAUGGCAGGAGGGUCAGGCAAAGAACCUGAUCUCAAGAUUGUUGUCUUGUAAAUUGGUGUGAUAAUAUCCUGCUCAAUGGCCCAUUUGAACACCUGAUUGGUUGGUUUCCCAGCACCAAAAAAAGAAAUUAACAAAAAAAAAGAAGCGAUGAUGUCAAAAAAGAAAAAAAAAAAAAAACCCUGAAGCAGAGGCAGAAACCAGAAGCACUGCCAACUUGUAGAGGAGUAAAAUAGAUGUUAUAAAUUUGUGGGUUUAUUCUAAAUGUCUGCUAAUUGUUGGAAGCAGGUGAAAGGCAAGACAUGGCCCUGGUGAUCCGUUUACUGCGUCGCUAACAAAUUUUGCCAUUUCCAGGUGGAAAAUUGUUAAUCUUAACUUAUUCAUUUUUCCUUUGUGUCUUCUGUUGCUCUCCUUGUGGAUUGGCCGAGAUUUGCAUCGUUAGUUGAGUAGGCAGGCAGUUUGAGGACCGGCUAGAAAAAUCAAUUUUCUAGUUAUGUUUGGCCCCUGGUUUGCUCAAGAUGGUAAGGAUGGAUGGACCCGAAAUACGAGUUGCUAAUGAGUCGAUCGUGUGGUUAAAUUGGAUUCUUCAGUGAAGCGGCGGAUUCUAGAGGCAAACGUGGGUAUGCGUAUGCUAGAGUAGUUCCCACUGCAUAUUCUGUCAGAGUGAGUCAGGAAGGUUGCCACAAAAACAUUUAUCUUUUUGCAAUAUUUCACUUUCGUCAAUGCUGUAUUUACUUUUUGGGUGUCCAAAUGUGAAUAUAUUAAUGAAUAAUACCUUGGCCAA